AUGGCCGCUUUAGAACCGCUAGAGGCGGAUCUGCCUGUUCAUCGACCCGCCAAACCCAUUCCAUUCGAGCUAGCUCAACAUGCAGCCAUCUUCUUUGAAGAGAGACUCUAUACACAAGCUAUCAAUUUCCUACUGAAUAUCCUCACAUCCGGUACCGUUGCCUCAGCGCCAGUAUAUACUCCACCCGUCCAGCAACUCGCCCUAGCCGCAACUCUCCUCAUACACCCCUCCACCACUACGCGCGCAAAAACAACCGAGGAGGAAGAAGCACCCCUGGCCGCACUGCGUCUGCUCCGACUGACCAAUACCCUCGUCGGGCCCAUCUCCUCGAAACUAAACGUCGCAUUCUCUUUUAAUCUCCCCGAUUCCCCCCGCCAUACAAGACGACGUCCCGUGACAGAGAAUAUCCCCCCACCCUCUGACCUGUCUUCCGAUGAUACGAAACCCUUGAACUUAGAUCUCGGCCAGUCGCUUUCCCUGUGGUCCAACGCAGAAGACUUUUGGCAUGUCGUUGGCUGGGCGUUUAACUGUUCUGUUCGCCAUCGGCCCCGCUGGACGUGGUGGCAGGUCUGGCUUGAAUACAUGUGUGAUGUUCUAGAAAGUGAUUGGAACGAACAAUUUCGACAGUAUAAAGAGGCUCACACCGGAAACACCAUUAGUGAACAGGGACCACCGCCCUCCCCGAAGAAGUCCCGAAGGAAGAAAACGCAUCAUGACGAUGACCCAGCCCUCCAGUUUCUCAGAGAAAGCCUCAUAUUCCGUUACAUUCACGGAGCUAGCACCACGUACGGUCCAUACCGGCGCAUUGUUCGCUCCAUCUUUGCAGACGGUGGCUCGACCUCUCGCAACGAGUUUCGCGAAGUCUUCGAAAAUGAACUCAAAUACGCAAAAGCUCACACCUCCACCAGCAGAAAGCGCAGCGCGCAGGUCAACAUCGAUGAGAACGAGUUCGGCGACUACCUCACGGACGAUGAUCCGAUCGAGGAUGGAGACUAUGACGAUGAAAACAAGGAUAUCAAUGAGACGGACGCCAAUUCCGACGAGGAAGCAUAUCCGUCUGUUUCAACCACCAGCAGGUCCAAACGCUCUCGAGAAAAACCCACCCCUCGGCGCGCACCCCAGCCCAAGCGCAGAGGCAAAUCACUCGCCAUAGGCCCCAACGGCAUCAAUACACCCCCCGGCCCAUACGGCGGCUCUGCCCCAAGCACUGGCGCUCGUGUGCCCAUCGAAGAGCUCCCCACAAGACACAUCCCCUACAUGCACGGCGACGUCGGCUUCUACGGAGGCAUGCGCUCGCUCGGUCUCCGACAACGACUCCUACAACUCCUAUCCACAGUCUCCCAGUACCUCCCCGACGACUUCAUCCCCCUCGAAGACCUCUACCACCUCUACGCCGAAAACAUCCGUCACCUGCCCCUUCCUGUCUUCCAAGCCUUCAUCAGCCCCUCCACCCUCCCCUACCUCUCCGGCCCUGCCAAAACCACCCUCUGCGAGUUUCUUCUCUUUCGCAUGCGCGAGACCGCCGCCCCCGACACCGAUGAGGAAUAUCUCAACCAAGCGAAGCUGGAACAAUGUUUCCUGCCUUACGCGGCCAGCACAAAAUUCAUAGCCGAUAACACCAAAAUCUCCAUCAUCCUAGAGUCACUGAUCAUCCUUCUCGCCGAUAACGGCAUGCUACGCGUCACGAAAAGUCUGCGAGAAGCUGUUCAUAGGGGCGUUAAUCGUCGAUUCGACCGGUCCGAAUACCAAUCGCGGAAACAUGUCCAGGAAGCUUACAGGUGGGCGGAUGAUAUUGAGCGUGCGUGGUUGGAGGAGAGUGCGGAGCGGUUGCAAUUUCUCGUGCUUUGUAUUCUGCCGUUCGAGGGUGAUGCCACUACUGCAUGA